AUGUUUCUGAAUACUUUGUCACCUAAAUUUUAUGUGGCUCUAACAGGAACAAGCUCAUUAAUAUCGGGGCUUAUUUUGAUUUUUGAGUGGUGGUACUUUAAGAAGUACGGAAAGUCGUUUAUUGAGCAAAUUUCUUGGACCCACAUAUAUCCACUCAUUGGUGGAAGUGAUGAGGAUAAUGAAUGUGAUAGUGUGGAAUCUAAUGGUCCCCUAGCGUCUACACAAGAGUGUAAGGUGUGGAGAAAUCCUUAUAGUUUGUUUAGGGGGGCGGAGUAUCGAAAGUUUUUUCACGAAACAGGUCGCGACCCCCUGACGUAUUAUGAUAUGAACUUGUCUGCCCAAGAUCACCAGACGUUUUUUACAUGUGAAGCAGAUGGCGGAAAGCCUGAGUAUGAAAUUAUGCAACUCUCAUGGAGGGAACGAAAUCACGAAGAAAGAAUCAAAAAGACCAAGGAGGCCUUGGCUAAGAACCCUGAAUGUGCAACUGCAAUGAUCUUGCUUGCAGAGGAGGAGUGCUCCUACAUCGUAGAUGUAGAAAAAGUAUACAGACAAGCAUACAAAGUUGCUGAGACAAAUCUUCGUCGUUCUCAACAGCUUCAAAAUCACAGUCCAGCACAUGAAUCAAUGUAUCGGAGGGAUAUACAUGCAUUUGUUUUCAUUCGACGUCGACUUGCAAUGUGUGCAAGAAAAUUGGGUAAAUUGAAAGAAGCAAUAAAAAUGAUGAAAGACCUUAUAAAGGAAUAUCCUAAUUUAAAUCUUUUCAAUAUCCAUGAAAAUCUUAUUGAAUGCUACCUAGCUGCCCAGCAAUAUGCUGAUGCUCAGGCUUUCCUAGCUAAAUACGAUGAUAUCAACUAUCCGAAAUCAGCUACUAUAUGUUACACUGCAGCUUUACUUAAAGCCAGACAAGUCUCUGAAAAAUUUUCUCCGGACUUAGCGUCACGUAGGGGUUUGAAUGCAGCUGAACUGAGUGCUGUUGAAGCUAUUCAUCGAGCUGUUGAAUUUAAUCCACAUGUACCAAAAUACCUUCUUGAAAUGAAACCUCUAAUACUGCCUACAGAGCACAUUUUAAAACGUGGCGAUUCUGAAGCCAUAGCAUAUGCAUUUUUUCAUUUAGCUCAUUGGAAAGCUGUAGAAGGUGCAAUUAAUUUAUUAUAUUGUACAUGGGAGGGAACUUUUCGACUCAUUCCAUAUCCUCUAGAAAAAGGAAACCUCUUUUAUCCAUAUCCCCAUUCAACUACAGCGACCGAUCGAGAACUUUUGCCAAGUUUUCACACACUAUCUGUGUAUCCGAAAAAAGAUGUGCCAUUUUUUAUUCUAUUUAUUGCGGCUCUAUGCUCUUUAACAGCUAUACUUACAUGUUUAACUCAUGUUUAUCCUGAACAAAUGGGAUCACUUUCUAGUAAGACUCUCAACUGGUUUUUCAGUCCAAUCAAUUAUCUAUUGGAAAGACUAGAAGGAUUACUACUUUUGUUAGCUCCAACGUCUGCUCGAAAGCUUUUAACUUAA